AUGGCUGCAUAUGCAGCACCGCACGUCUUGGCGGAGAAGGAUGACAAAGACAAAGCCUCCAUCCAUAAUGAUAGGUUAUUCGACCCUGAAGCACUGGAGAGGGGUGCCAAAGCGCUGCGUGAGAUCAACAAGUCGCCAUAUGCCAAGCAGGCGUUGGAGCUCAGUCGGCAGCAAGAAGUCACGAAACAAGCGGAGCAUAGGGAGAAGGAAGCGGAUUACCGCCGACAGGCUGCGGCGCUUGAAAAGGAACGUGAGGUGGUGCGAUAUGAGGAGGAGAGGAAGAUGGAGGAGCAGCGGGCGCAGGUCGCUGCCCGUAUGAAGCAGUACGAGGACGAGCUGGCUCGCAAGCGCAUGAUGGCGGAACACGAAUUGCAGCGGCAGCGGAAUGCGGAGCUGGCGAAGCUGCAGGAGGAGGCCUCUGCUCGUGCGGAGCAGGAACGGUUGCGGGUGGAGCAGCAGAUUCAGGCUGAGCGGCGGGCGGCGGAACAGUACGCGGCUGACUUGCAGAAGCAGAUUCAGCGCGAGCGGGCCCUGGCGGAGGCGGAGGGGCGCAUCAAGGAGGCCCGGGAGAACGAGGACGUGAACCGGCGGGCGGCGCUGCUCAAGUACCAGGAGGAGACGAGGAAGGCCCUUGAGAGCAUCCACGCGGUAAUGAGCCACCUGGGUGCCGCCGCCCUGGAGCUGGUGACUGACACCAACAAGCUGCUGACGGCGGUGGGGGGCACCACCCUGCUCUUCCUGGGGGUGUAUGCCACACGGGAAACAACCCGGGUGGUGGGCAAGACGGUGGAGGCGUGGCUGGGGACACCACGGCUGGUUCGCGAGACCUCCCGCUUCAGCUUGUGGAGCCCCAAGUCCUGGUCGCUGGGACCUAGUCGUACAAAGGAGGACAUCAAAAAGGAUUUCUCCGAUAUCAUCCUGCACCAGGAGUUGCACGACACUGUACGGCAGGUUGCUGCCGCCGCCGCCAACACCAAGGCCCACGGCGCCCCUUUCCGUCACAUGUUGUUUUACGGGCCUCCGGGAACUGGUGAGACCAUGGUCGCCAAGCGCAUGGCUCGCACCAGCGGUCUGGACUACGCCAUUAUGAGCGGGGGAGAUGUGGCCCCCCUGGAGGGGCGGGCGGUCACCCAGCUGCACCAGACCUUCGACUGGGCGGAGAAGAGCAGGCGCGGCCUGCUGCUGUUCAUCGACGAGGCGGACGCCUUUUUGGGGCGUCGUUCGGACUCCAUGUCCGAGGGCCUGCGGGGGUCCCUCAACGCGCUGCUGUUCCGUACGGGAGAUCAGAGCCGGGAUUUCAUGGUGGUGCUGGCCACCAACAGGCCGGGUGAUUUGGACGAUGCCGUACUCGACCGCAUGGAUGAAGCGCUUGAAUUUGGUCUACCUGGUCUAGCAGAGCGGCAGCGAUUGUUGGGUUUGUAUCUGGACAAGUACAUUGCGAAGGCGGGGACGGCGGAGGGCGGCGCGGGGGCGGGGAGUGCGGGCGGACCGCUGGCGAGACUGACUGCGAUGAUUAAGGGGCGCAAGGGCAUCACGGAGGAGCUCCUGGCGGAGACCGCCCGGGCCACCGAGGGCUUCUCAGGUCGUGAGCUGGCCAAGCUGCUGGCUGCCGUACAAGCUGCCGUGUACGGCGCUCCCCAGCCCGUACUCACCCCGGAGAUCUGGCGCACCGUUCUUGCCCGCAAGCUGCACGAGCACGCCGAGCGGAGGUCCUUCCGUCUCGGCCACCACGGCACCGGGGACUCGGCCCCAGUGCUGGCGGGGCCGGGGGCGGGACCGCAGUGA